AUGGUCGAGUGGUCUCCCGAGAAUGAGGCCAGACUCAUGAUGGCUUACAUAGAAGCCACCGAUGCCAAGCUCGGUUCCGAGGGUUGGAAGACUAUUGCCGACAAGCUCGGCGGCGGCGUCACGGCUAGCGCCAUCAGCCAGCGUUUCACCAAGGUCUUGAAGAAGAAGUACGGCGGUGCGAACUGCGCCAUCGGCAGUGACGGUGACAGCACGGUGAAGACUCCGAAGUCCCGUGGUCGCAAACAGAAGGACGCCGAGGCCAUGGACAAGACGCCGCAUUCUUCUUCUCGCAAGCGCGGUGCUAAGGCGGUUGCUGAAGAGGAUGACGACGAGAUCCCCGAUUCGCCCACCAAAAAGGUCAAGGAGGAGAUGAAGAAGGAGAAGUCUUUCUUCGACGAGGAAGAUGGCACCGACUUCUAG